AAAAACAUGAUUUGAUGUUACACAACGAUUCACUAUUAAAGAAUUUACAUGAGGCUGAAGUUAGAGAAAGAAUGACUAAAGUGGAUGAUGGUAUAUUACAGCUAAAAAUUGAUACCUUAACUGAAAGUUUAUUAAAGUGCACAAAUAAAUUCUCAAAUCUUCAUACAAAGUAUCAUAAAGAAAUAAAUGAAUUAAAACCAAAUUUAGAUGAAAAAAAUGCAGAGGUUUUGGCGUUAAAAAAUGAUGUCAAUUUAUUACAAAUAAAAUCUAAAAAUCAAGAAGACAUUAUAAAUAUAAUGAAACGUGAAAUAGAUGAUUUAAACCUCGUACAUGCAAAUGAAACAGAAAAAACUAAUAAAGAGUUAGCUAAUAAUCAAAGUUUAAUGAAUCAUUACAAGGUAUGUUAUGAAAAUGAACUUGAGCAAACUAAACAAUUAACAAUGGAUAUAAUGGAGAAUAGAGACUAUGUAAGCAGACUGACAUCAAAUACAAAUGAUAUUGAAAAAAAAUAUGCAACACUUUCAAAUGACUAUCAACAAUACAAAAUUGACUCGGAUAACACAAUAUGUGUAUUAAGAAGCAAGUUAAAUGCUUCAGAGGAAAUAGUUAAACAAUUACUUCCUGUUACUUCAGAUAAUUCAAAUUAUCUUCUACGUAAAGGAACAACAAUUACUGACGUUUAUGCUAUUUAUAAGGAGACAUGUUUAAGUUUACAAAGUACAACACUAGAACUUGAACAUUGCAAAAGAAACUUUAAUAUUUUAGAAGAACAAAUUAGGACUGCUGCGCCCGAAGUUGAUGAAAUGGAGAAAGAUUUAAUUGAAUCAAAUGAAAAAGUUAAACAAUUAUGUGAAACUAUUUCAAGAUUGGAGUUGAAGUUGAAGGAUGUUAAUAAUAAAUUAGAACUGUCUAAUACUAAAUGUGAUCAGUUAUCAAAAGAUAAUAAAAAACUUCAAAGCACAGAAGACGAUUUGAGCAAACAAGUAUGUUUCUUAUUGCGAAAUAACCAGUGCAAUACACGUUAUGAAAAUCGUAAUGUUGGAAAAGAUAUGAGUCCCCAAUCAAUUAUUUCAAAUAAUUAUGUUACAUUUGAAAACAUACAAGGCUUACAAAAACAAAACAAAAAAUUACUAGAAAUUAUUCGUUCUUUAUCUAAAGCAAAUGAUGAACAAGAUAUACAAUUAAUAAAAGAUUUAAAGGAUAAAAUUAAAAUCUUGGAAGAUGAAUUAGAAUCAAAGGCUCAAUUGAUUAACCAGCAAACGGAAAAAAUAUCUCAAUUACAAUCUUUGGAAUUAACGUCUAAAUCAACUACACAGUUAAAUGAUGAUGCACAAAUUAAAGUUCUAAGUCCUAAAAAAACAACAUUAGAAAAUGAUGGUAGUAUAGAUGGUAGGAUGGAAGAAAAUUUAGAAUAUUUUUCUGUAGUUCGUGAACUAAAUGCUGCCAAUUGUACGAUUAAACAACUUAAAGAGAAACUUGAAUCUAAUAGUGUUGCUCGUUUGCGGUUGGACCAACAUGUUCAAGAGUUAAAUCUUCAAAUAAAUGAGUUACAAAAAAAAAUAAAAACCUCCAAUAUUAGGCAUUCUGAAAAUGAAGAAAACAUAGACAACUUGCAUGGUAAAAUAUUAUCUUUGGAAACAGAAAAUCAAGAGGUAAAAAUUGAAUUAGACAAAAUAAAAAAUCAAUGUAACAUUUUAAAAAAAGAUAAUGAUAGUAUGUAUAUUUCAAACAUGAAUUAUUCUCGUGAAUUGAGACAAAAAACAGAGUUACAAAAAGAAUUCGAGAAAACUUUGACUUCCCAAUUAGAUUCACUAAUUAUAAAUUGGAAUUUUACAUUAGCAUAUAUUGCUGAAACUGAUUAUGAUAAAGUUAAGUUCAAAGAAGAAUAUAAAAAAUUAACAAAAACAUUAAAGGAUGUUAGAGAUACUUUACUUCUAAAAUUGGAAGCUAUAGAUGAUUUGAGUACAUUCAAAGAAAUGUCUCGAUCCAGAACCAAUUCAUUCAGUUUGUGUACAGAUGAGCGUUCUAACUUCCAGAGUGUUGUUAAUAAGCUUGAGCACGAAGUAAAAAAUCUCAAAUCAAAACUUAAUGAAAGUGACCAAUUGAAAAAUCAGUUAAAAUCAGAAUUAAAUGUGACCAAACAACUUUACAAAUCUUUAGAGGAAAAUUUAAAAAAAAUGAGUGAAUAUUCUUCACAAUUAGAAAAUGAACGCGAAAUGAAAAAAAAAGAGUACUUAGAAAAAGAUCAGCAGUUAAAUCAUGCUAUGCAAGAAUUGAGCGAGUUUAACUUAUCUCAAAACGAUAACAUCAAUAAAUUACAAAAUCAAUUGUUGGAGUAUGAGCAAAAAUAUAGUAAAAUGUUAGAAGAAUUGGAAGCAGCAAAAGACUAUAGUGAUGAACUCUUAAAAAACAUUUCAAAACAAAAUAAUACCAUAUUAACACUUGAAGAAGAAUUGAAAAAGUCUGUUAAUGAUAAAGAUAGAUUGGAGAAAAGCCUUAAUCAUAAAUUAGCGCAUUAUAAAUAUAAAUUAGAAAGAUUAGAUUCAUUAGAAUUACUUAAUACAACAAAAUCUGCAGAAAUAGAUCAUUUAAAAAAUCAAAAGGCUGCUUUAGAAAAGUCUACUGAAGAAAUAAAAGAGAUGCAUAAAAUACAAUUAAACAAAUUAGAUGAUGAAAUAAAUUGUCUCAAAGAAACAAUAAAACGCUGGCAAUUUGAAAAUGAACUAUUAUCAGAACAAUUUAAGACAAUAACUUUUGAACUUUUGAACCAGGAACGAUUGAAUAACAGUAAAAUAUCAGACAAAGAUGAUAGUUUAAAUAACACUUCUUUAUGCACAAAUAGUAUUGAUAAACAGUUCAUGAAAAUGGCCAAUUUGAUUAACAUCUUGAAAGACGAAAAAAAUUCAAUCAUUUUAGAAUUUAAUGAAACUAUUGCUGAAUGCAAUAAAUUGAAAUCUGAUUUACAUUACAAAUCCAAAGUUGUUGAUGACAUGCAAACUCAAAUGAAAGAAUUAAGACAGCUACAUACAUCCGGCUUAGUUAUGAAUAAUGAUCAUUCAAAAAUUUUAGAAAAGAUUGAACUUAGCAAUCAAAUAGUAGAAAGAAGUAAAAUGUUAGAAGAAGAAAAUGUUCUAUUAUCCAGCCAACUUAAAGAGUUACAAGAAUUAGAUACAAAAAAAACUGCUGAGAUUUGUGCUUUAAAAGAUGAUAUAUCAGGAAUGCAAUGUGAAAUUGAUCAAAAAUGUGCAGAGGUUAUAACUGUAACUAAAAACUUGUCAAGAUGGAAAGAACGAUCAAAUGGUACUCAUUCUGAUACAGAGUUUAAACAACUGUUAAAUACACUAGAACGAGAAAAAGGAAAAAUGACUACUGCUCUUGAUCAAUUAAAAUCUAUGAAAUCAGAUAAAUCAUGUCUUGAAGAAUUGUUAAAGAAGCUGGAAACUGAUCAUUCGGAAGAAAUCAAUACUGCAAAACAAGAAAUAAUUAAAUUAAAAACUAAAAUUGUUUCUACUAAUAAAUCUAUGGAGACGUUUAAAAAUAUUAUCAAAUCCUACAGACAAAAGUUAUCAGAUGUUGCAUCAGAAAUUCAUAAAGUAAAGGUAUUGGCUAGACGAUAUAAACACCAAAGUGAAGAGUUGAAUAAUACAUUAAGUACAGAAAGAAGCGCAUGGCAGACUAAAUUUGAUGAACUACAACAAGGAGGAAGUAAAAUAACUUUAGACCUUGAUGAGCGCAAAAAACUAAUAGAACAAGGGAAACAAGAACAAAAAGCUGAAUGUGAAUCCAUCAUAAAUGAACAUAAAGCUAAAGUUCUAGAAGCUGAAGCUGGCUUAAAUGCUGCAAGAUCUGAGGUAAAAGAUACAAAAGCUAAAAGUGAAGAUAAAGAAUUGCGUGCUAAACAGCUUUUACAACAUGUUAGAAGUAGGAUUCAAAAUCUUACUAGAGAACUUGAUAUAACCAAAAAACAACGUGAUGGCUUAAUCGCCCGAUUAGAUCAAGCAGAAAUUGGUGGCCAAAUGCAGGAAUUUCAAGUUCAAAUCUCUCGUUUAGAAGCGGAAAAUCGCAAACUUACUUCAGAAAAAGAACAGAUCACCGCAGAAAAAGAUCGCUUGUCUCAUGAUAUACAAAUGUUAAAUCAUAGAGUUACAGCUUUGAUGAGACAAUUUUCAAAUCAACAGGUAAAACCAUCUACUAGUACCGGCCCUGAUAAACUGGCCAUUGAACCUCCUACAGCUAACAUUAAACCCUUAGGACCUGCAGUUAAUAAGCCACAAACGGUACACCAGUCUGUUACAGUUAACCCAUGGCGAUCUGCAGCUGCAGAAACACCAUUGGCUAGUAUAAAGCCAAUGACAAUGCAACCUAGAAGUGUGGUAGUAUUACCUACUAGUCAAACAUCAUCCACGUCAAGCCAAAGUUCAAUGAGUGGAACUAGUAGUAGUACAACUAUUACUGUUCAUCCACAACAACCACAGUCUGUUGAUAUCAGUAGCAGUGGAGGGAAUGCUUUAGACUCUUCAGAAGCUAAUAGCACAGCACAAAGCCGUCAUUUAACAAGCAGUACUUUAGUACAACACGUUGAAGGUUCGGAAUCAACACCAACAGUUUCUGAUUCUAACGAAACUACUGUUGCUACUCCCCCAUCAAUCUUACCACUUCAACAGCUGAUAGGAAGUGCAGCAGCUCCAAGCGUUACUGCUGCACAAGCAAGUCCCGCCAUCAGUAUAGCUCUGGUGGUACCGCAAGGCAGGGAACAAGUACAAACAACUGUGUCACAACCAACUACUGUAUCUGUGUCAACAGUAUCUCCUUCACAAAGUCAAAUAGACAGUGUGCAAAAUGAAAAUGGUCAGACAAUGGAAAGUAGUAACAGUAAUAUUGCUAGUUCUUCAGCUCCAGGUCCUUCAACAGAAUCAGAACCAUCUGUUACCACAGCUUGUACUAGUGGACCUAGCUGUUCCUCUCUAGACACUACAACACACUCUAACAGUUCUCAAAGGAAACGAAAAGCUGAUCUCCUUGUGACUUCAUAUAUGAAAAGAUCUAAAUCUUUUAUGCCUAGAGAAGAAAACCGUAGAGAAAUGGAGUAUGAAGCACCAACAUCUUCUCAAAGGGAUUCAGAAGUUAGCAAUUCAUAUAUUGGUCCAGAGAGUAAUCCACAAGAUAAUAAUAAAGAAGUUGAAGCAAGUACGGAUAUGGAGGUGACAAGUGAGGCAGCAGAUGAAAAUAAUGAAGUUGACCUAACAAGCCAAGGAUGUACUGCUGACACCAAUAAUAUGAAUGAAACCAAUGAUAUUCAAAAUGAAGAAACCGAACAAAUAACAGGAGAAAAUACACCAGAACAUUCAUCAAAUGCUGAAGCCACUGCUAUGGCUAUUGUUGAAGAAGACUCGCCAGAAAUUAUUCAUUUUCAAGAAUUUCAAAACACACCUGUUUCUUCGGCUAGUUGUGAAGAGACUAAGAAUACUGAUAAUGUAACUUCAGAUGCAGAAUCAAGACAGAAUGAAAGUGAUUCAACUCCAAUUGAACCUCGAGCCGGACCCUCAAGCGAUGCUUCGGACACAGUUGGAGUUUCUCAAUCAACUGAAACUGCAGAAACAGACACACUUGAUUUGGAACAAGAAACAGUUGAAAUUUUAUCAUCUGAAAAUGAAGAAGACACCAUUGAAAUCAAAUCAAUUCAUGAUAUUGAUGAAACUCAAAAUGAUAAUAUACCUGAUCAAGAUCAUGAUCAGGAAACAAUUUCAGUGUCCUCUUCGCCCAGCAAAGAUAAUGAAGCUGUCCGUGAGGAAUCUCCUGUCGCUGGACCAAGUGGUGUGACUAGUGAUUCAUCAGCAAAUGAACGCAAGCCUAUAACAUGGAAUGAAUCACCGUGA